AUGCUUAGCAAUGAAAUCUGUCCGUUUGAUUACAUCAAAGUAUAUGACGGCGGCUCAGAUCAGGACCCAAUCAUAAAUACUUAUUGCGGACAACAGCGUAAUCUUAUGGUGUAUUCUUCGGGAGAGAAUCUGUUCGUUCAGUUCAAUACACUGAAGAGGACGGCCGACAGUCAGAACAGAGGCUUUUCGGGAUGGUUUGAGUUCAGCGAACGAUUCGUUAAUCUCGGUUUUAUCGGCAAAAAUGACGGCCAACACAUCAAAGGCACAGAAUGUGACCAAAAAAUAUUGAGCCGUAAAGAAUCAAACGGAACCGUCUAUUCACCAAACUAUCCAUUUUUAUACCAUUCAAACAUUGUCUGCAAGUAUUAUAUCUACGGUUUGCAAGACUCUCAACAUUUGGAAAGAGUGAACAUCGAGUUCGAGAAGUUCGAGAUUCCGGCCACCGAU